AUGGCUCGGCUAUCAGGCUUACAAAGGGAAGUUUUAAAACUAUAUAGAUUAUGUUUCAGAGCUAUCAAGUCCAAGCCUCCCCAAAAUCAAGAUCACUGGAAAAAUUAUGUUAGGAUGGAAUUUGAAAAGAAUAAGCAUAUACCAAAAAAGCUGUUUUCUGUAAUUGAACAUUUAAUAAGAACAGGAACUAAGAGAUAUGAAAUGUAUCUGAGUCCUCAAAUCAAGGACAUUCAUUGA